AUGGUGAAGACGACGAAGGGUGGGAAAACCAUGAACCCUACUGAUGCCUACCGCAAGGAGCUCCGAAAAAAGGAAUUGAAGCGGAAUAAGAAGGAGCGGAAGAAGGUGAGGGAGGUUGGAAUCUUGAAAAAGGAUCCCGAUACAUUGAAAGACCAGAUUCAGAAGCUGGAAGCAAUGAAGGCGGAUGGUGCUCUGGACAAAGCAAGAAAACACAAAAAGAGACAACUUGAGGAUACGCUAAAUCUUGUGAUGAAGAAGCGGAAGGAAUAUGAAGAUAAAAUGAAAGAAAAGGGUGAAGCACCAGUUAUGUUCAGUCAUUUGGGACCUGUGCGGAGGCGAGGUACUGCAGAAGAAGAAGAAAGAGUCAAUAAUCCCAGUCCUGAAGACUCGGUCUAUUAUCACCCCACUCUGAAUCCUUCUGGAGCUCCGCCACCUGGAAAGCCUCCGAUGUUCAAGUCAUCAAUAGGACCUAGAAUACCCUUACCAGAAACUUCCAGCAGUAACGUUGCAUCAUCAUCAAAAUCGGAAUUUGAGGAUGCUACUUUGCCUAUGCCUCCAUUACCACCUGGUCCACCUCCACUACCUCCUUUGUCGGGUGGAGGCUUAGAUUCUGGGGACAGCUCUACUUUGCCCGUGUCGUUACCUUUGCCGCCUCCACCACCAGUGCCUCCAAAUCCACCAGUGGCUGGUAAUAAUAAUUCAUUACCUCUGCCGCCAUUGCCUCCCCCGCCUCCACCUCCUGGCCCACCGCCUAAAGAACUACUUGCUGCUCGUCCCCCACUUCCUCCACCUCUGCCUAUCCACCAAUCCUCCCAGCCACCUCCUCCUGGUACUUUUAAUGGCGAGAAACCUGCAAAUACAGAUGAACUCCCAUCAAGGGACUCGAUUCAGAUACCUGCAAAUCUUCCUCCACCUCCCCCACUGGUGGGUCAGCCUCCAAAAUUGGGCAAUAAUCAGCCAGACAUCUCAUCCUUUGAAUCUGACUCGAAACCUUCCUCCAAUGCCAACGAUAGUCUGAAAACGGCCUUACCACCUCCGCCACCACAGAUGAGGCAAGAUCCGCCAGUACCUGGGCAGGUGGGCCCAAAUUUGCAGCCCAAUAUGCUUCCUCAUGGCAUUCCCGGCUUUCUGCCUCCACCCCCACCUCGACCUCCAAGCGAUAUGGUGCCCUCAUUGUCUGCACCUGGGAUUGCCGGGCAACCUGUUGCGCCACCUGGAGUUGUGAUGCCACUUCUUCCUAGACCACCGCCUUUUGGGCCACCUCCUUUGAUGAUGAGGCCACCACUUCCACUGGGCCCACCUCCCAUUCCACAGGAUGACCUCAUGGCUAGACCGUUUGUGCCUCCGAAGCCAUCAUAUGUCAAGUCAGCUGCAUCGACUGUUGUAAAGAGGCCUCUGGCACAGCAUACUCCGGAACUUACAGCAAUGGUUCCUGCAUCUGUACGGGUGAGGAGGGAGUCGGCUCUCCCAAAACCAAAGUCAAAAGCCUCUACAACAGUUUUGCCUUCCAACCGGCCUAUUAUAUCAGCUUCACCCAUCGUGAAGCAAGAUAUAACUAGCUCGUCCUCUGCACCAAAACCACCGAGUAUUGAUGACUCGUAUAUGGCAUUCCUUGAGGACAUGAAAGCACUUGGUGCACUAGAUAGUUGA